CUCACCCCCGGGAGUAGCUCCAUGACCUUUGGCCGGUGGACCUCGGCAUCUCUGCUGGAAAUUCUGUCAAGCCAUCUCCCUGCACAAUAAAGCCCUCCAGCGCCCUUUUCAGCCCCCGCGUCUAGGCUCAAACCUGGCUAGGGGAUGAACCGAGGCUGGACACCAAAAAGGACCUCGAUUGACUAGCCCAGCAAGCCUUCCCCCGGAAUUCACCCUCCGCCCGGGACUCUGGCGGCGAGUACUUGACCAACCAUUUGUUCCGCCGACUGCACCAGCCGACGUCCAGUGUACGCUCGUUCGAGAUCUAAGGGGUCUAACAAGGCCCCAUAGGAAGUUCAUCAAGGGGUAACGGCGACAACAGCAGUGAGCAUCACCGACGUAGGUUGAGACAGCAGACAUCGCAGGUCAGCAUGGCGGGUCGCGUGCGGCACCCAAUUGACCAGGAGGCGCUGGAGCGGUACAUCAACAAGCAUGUGCCACAGAUCAAGACGCCGUUGGACAUCAAGCAGUUCGGCUACGGCCAGUCGAACCCAACAUACCAGCUCACUGACGCGAAGAGUGCCCGCUUCGUGCUGCGGAAGAAGCCCCCCGGCAAGCUCCUCUCCAAGGCCGCGCACAAGGUCGAGCGCGAGCACCGCAUCAUCGACGCCCUCGGCCCCACCGACGUGCCGGUCCCGAAGGCCUACUGCCUCUGCGAGGACGACUCGGUCGUCGGCACGCCCUUCUAUAUCAUGGAGUUCCUGGGCGGGCGCAUCUUUGAGGACCCGACCAUGCCCGAGGCGUCGUCGCCCGAGGAGCGCAGGGCGCUGUGGCGGGCCGCGACGGUGACGCUGGCGCGGCUACACCGCGUCGUGCCGGGGGACGUCGGGCUCGCGGGGUUCGGGAAGAGCAGCGGCUUCUACAACCGGCAGAUCCAGACGUGGACAACCAUCUGCGAGAGCCAGGCCGCGGCCGUGGACCGCGAGACGGGGGAACGGGUUGGCGACCUUCCUCACUUUGGAGAGAUGGUGCGGUUCUUCGGGGACCGUGGGCGGCAGCCGCGGGACAGGGCCACGCUCAUCCACGGGGACUACAAGAUUGACAACAUUGUCUUCCACAAGACGGAGCCAAGGGUCAUUGGCAUUCUGGACUGGGAAAUGUCCACAGUAGGCCACCCCCUCUCGGACCUCUGCAACUUUCUGCACCCGUACUUCACCGCCGAGCGCGCCGGCAGAGGCGUCUUCGCGAACGAGGGGUUCCGGCCCGGCGCGACGCCGGGCCUCCCGACGACGGACGAGAUCGUCGGGUGGUACGCGUCCGAGGCCGGAUGGCAACCGGCGGCCGAGCUCAACUGGGGCAUGGCCUUCAGCCUGUUCCGGCUAGCGGCGGUGUGCCAGGGGAUCGCGGCGCGGGCGGCACAGGGCCAGGCGAGCAGCGAGCAGGCCAAGCGGUUCGCCGUGACGAGGGGCCCGCUGGCCGAGUUCGCGUGGGAGCUCGUGGGGAGGAGCCGGGAGCAGGAUGGGGGGAGGGCGUCGAAGCUGUGA